GCCGCACAAACACGCCACUCACGACUCACCGUCACUACCACCAACGACGGCGUUCACCGACCGAGUAAAAGUCAAGAUGGCGACCGAGGGUCAGUCCGAGUACGAGUCGGUCCUCUGUGUCAAACCUGAAGUCAACGUUUACCGAAUCCCACCAAGAGCAUCCAACCGGGCUAUCAGGGCUGCUGAUUGGAAGCUGGACGCACCCGACUGGACGGGACGCAUGCGUGUCACGGCCCGGGGGAAAUUGGUCUUUGUUAAAUUGGAAGACAAAAUCUCUGGGGAGCUGUUUGCCCAGGCUCCAGUGGAGGAGUUCCCUGGCCUCACAGUGGAAACAGUCAGUGAUUCAAGCCGUUACUUCGUGCUUCGCAUCCAGGAUGACAGCGGCCGAAGUGCAUUUAUAGGCAUUGGGUUUGGAGACAGAGGAGAUGCCUUUGACUUCAACGUUGCACUUCAGGAUCACUUCAAAUGGGUGAAACAGGAUGAUGAAUUUAAGAAGCAGGCACAGACUCCAGACACCACCCCUAAACUGGACCUAGGCUUCAAAGAAGGACAGACUAUUACUCUCAAUAUCGGGCAAUCUAGAAAGAAGGACAGGUCCCGCCCGCAGAGUUCAGGAGGCUUUGGGCUUCUUCCACCUCCUCCUGGUGGCAAGUUAGCCCCACCUCCUGUAAGAUCUACCAAUCAUAACACACAACCAUCUGAAGGAGAAAGUGACACUGGUUUCUUGCUAGACCUGGACACCAGCAACUCGAACACAGCGGCUCCAUCCAACCCCACCACCACAGCCAGCUCUGACCUGUGGGGAGACUUUGACUCUGUAUCCUCAAACUGAGGAGGGAUACAUUUGGUCUAUCUCCUUCUUAUCUUUCUGUACAUUUAUGCUGCACUUUUUGCAACUUUUGUUUAUUCCCAUUAUGGGGUCCCGUAUCUCUCCCUGCCAAGCAGGAUAACCCCCCCUGUUCUAGUUUGUUUUUGUUUUUGUUGGGUCUGUCAUAGCUUUUGCUCUUUAGCCAGAAAGACACCCAGACCUCACUGUCUAGUCUUAAUUAGACAUUUUGAACAACAGUAUAGUCUGGGGACCGUCUUCCCUCUCUACUUCAGUUCAGUUUACAUUUGCCCAUUUGAUUUCUGCUUCUGCCUAAUUUCUCCUCUCAAUGUUUUAAUUUCUAUCGUAGAGUAUACAUAAUAGAAAUAUGAUCAAGGGAGACAUAAUCAUAAACAUCUGAGGAUGAAAUCUAAUUACAUAUAAUAAUGAAUGAAUUGUCUGUACAGAGAAUAUUUAUUUUAAAUGUUAGUAGUUUGUAAUUAUUGUCAUUGGUGUUGUCACCUGUUUGCUCUGUUGCUUAUUUUAUCUCCAAGUCCCCAGAAGUGGGACUGACUAUAUGCACUGACUGGCAGUAUACUCUGUCCGUGUAGUUAGUAUUGCAUAAAGUCUGCAUAUAAUAACGCAGGGAUUGAUCAAAUCAUAGAUUUAGGUUACGGGAAGUUUACCACACAAUGAUUUUACUUGAAAGAAGCUGAUUUACAGUCAAGUUGUGCUCUCUAUCGCUCUCUAGUGGCAUCAUUUUGAGAGGAGACGUUAAAUUGUGAUGCAGCUGUUGAACACAUAUUUCACUGGGGAGGGGUCCUUGGCACUGUGUGCAUUGUUUAAACUCUAAAGCAAAGAGACGAAGCAGAAAUGUUUGAUGCGGUAGGGUGUGAGCGAUAGAAAGUGAGGCAUCUAGUGCUUUUAUCUUUGCCUCAAGGGGAAACCGAAAUUAUUUAGUCCAUGUUAUGUCAUCCCUACUCAGCCCAGCUGUUAAAGCUGUGACUGGUGAGUCAUUUGGGUCACAACCUCUCUCCUCCUCAAUGAAUAUGUCUGUUUCUGCACCGUCCCGUCAGUCCGGGGAGAACUUUUUUCUCAUUAAUUCUUUAUGGUAAGGUGGUCAGGUGGCAGACCUCAAACCCAACAUGUUGUACUGUACAAGUUUGAACUUCAAUUCGAUGUUAAGAUGUAUUUAUGUUAAUAGUAUUCUGAUGCAGAUAGACCAAGCCAGUCUGGGUUUGAUGCAGUGUUUUGUUUUGAUAUUGUCAUUUACAGACAAAGAGACGGAUUAUGAUGCACCGCUCCCACAUGCACGUGUGUUGUGACAGGAUUAAAGUGACAAGUGAUGGAUGGAUGUUGUUUGGAACACAGAGAUUUUGUGAGUGUAAAGCGCUAAACAAUGUUUGUCAGUGUUUGUUUACUGUUUCAAUUGUAUGCAUCGAUCCCAAAUGUUACUUGUAAUUCAAACUGUAUAUGUAUAUGGAAAUGUAUAUGCAAAGAAAAACAUAAAGCUAUAACUCAGUGA